UACAAUAUAGAUCAAUACCAUUAAAGGAAUUCUAUACAAAAUCGUUUCGUGUUUCCACCCGUAAUCGUGUCUUGUUUAAAAAACUGAUACGAAACCAUGUAUAAAGAUUAUCUGAAACGGAAUGGAUUUGUUAAAACUGACUUAAAACUUAAACAGAACGAAACUACUAAUUUAAUGGAAAGAAUAAGCGAAGAAAAUGGAAAUAAAUACGGUGGAAAUUCCGGCUUGGAUACUGAAGCGAGUGUAGAUCCACUUAGCAACGAAGUAAAUACAGCAUUUUCAUCGGACUUAAAUAAGAGAAAAUUAAUUCUUCAUUUCGAUAUACGAAAUACAGUGCUUGUCGCGGAUUCAGUGACAAAUGUUUCUGUAGAACAAGCACUGAACAGUUUUCUGACAGGUGUUGUUUGGGGCAACGAGAGCCCAGACGGGAACUGGGUAUGGCAUUCCGAUCAGCUUUCACUCACACCGCCGGCGGAAAAUGUUGUAACGUUUUACAAAUAUCUAGAAAAAAAAUUCGUCAAGAAUACAACAGACAGGACCCAAUUGAGGUUAGCAACGGGGGAUUUCUCUCAGAGCGACAUCGGAAAGAGCUUUCAGCCGCAUUUCCAGAAUCAUUUGGAACUGCUUAAAUGGAGACAUGACUUCGAGAAAGAUACUCACAAUUGCCUGACAAUGUCUGGUAAAGAUGGACAACAGUAUAAUUACAUAGUGCCUGCUUUGUAUAAGUGUAUUCAUCAUUUAGUAGAAUCAAAAAGAGAUUUUGCUAUAGUUUUUAGAACUUUUGGACUAGACGCCCCCAAUGUUAUCACCAGUUUGGAACACGGACUGAAAGGAAACCAUCCAGGAUAUCAAAAACCCGUACAUUUGAAAGUUAACAGAGAUGUUGGAACUGUGAAAAGAAGUGACGAUGAACCAACUGUUUUCACUGUUAUAGGAGAAGACGAAAAGACAGAAAACUACGUCGGGGACAGAUCGAUUUACGACAUGCUUUCCAGCAGUGUUGGUAUUUCCGGUUUUAGAGACGAUGUACACUAUUGGCUGGAAAAUUCUUACCAUCACGAAACAUCAAAACCUCAUAUUAUAGACCCUUUCGACCAAAACGUUCAUCAUAUAUUCUUCGAUGACAAUUACAGGGCUUACGAAGAUGACAGUAUAAUUGACGUUAGAUUAUUUGAAUCACGUGAUGCCAAAGAAGCGCGAAGUUUGACUAAAGCUGAAGUUGCGCAAUUUGAUAAUGUGUGUCUUGUGCAAGCGGAUCUUAUCAAGUGUAUAGAAGAUGAAAAUUACUAUCGCGACAGAAUUCAAGAAUGUGAAUCAAACUACUCCAUAUUUCUGAAAAGAUGGAGUCGGCUUUCUAGGAGUAUGUCAGUGCAAGUAGAGUCCUCAAAAUGAAAAAUAGUGUUCACAUAUUGUACCUGGAAAUAAAAAAAAACAAUUUAGCUUAACAAUCAUUUCUUGUUAAAUUAGCCAAAGUUUUAUUUUAUUAUAUGAUGCAAUAUUACUAAAACGCAAUACUAAAGCAUUAAUAUUGUCAUUAGGUCAUUACAUUUUAUUUCUAAUAAAGAACCAAAUUGCA